UUUCCAGAACUCAAUUUUCAAAAUCCGAUCGGAUCCGAUAGGAUAGAAAAUUAUGUCAAUGCUAAGCUAGAGUGUGAGAUAGAAGCAUGCAUUUUUCGCCAUUUCCAGAACUCAAUUUUCAAAAUCCCAUUGGAUCCGAUAGGAUAGAAAAUUAUGUCAAUGCUAAGCUACAAUGUGAAAUACAAAUAUGCAUUUUUCGCCAUUCUCUGAACUCAAUUUUCACCAUCCCAUCGGAUCCCAUAGGAUAGAAAAUUAUAUCAAUGCUAAGCCACAAUGUGAGAUAGAAGCAUGCAUUAUUCGCCAUUUCCAGAACUCAAUUUUCAAAAUCCCAUCAGAUCCGAUAAGAUAAAAACUUAUAUCAACGAUGGCCUUCAAUCGCGACAUAGUGGUAUGUAUUUUUGACUAUUUCCAGAAUUCAAUUUUCAAAAUCUCAUUGGAUCUGAUCGGACAAAAAUUUAUAUCAACAAUGAGCUCCAAGCGAGAUAUGUAGAGACACACUUUUGACAAUUUCUAGAACUCAGUUUUCAAAAUCCGAUCGGAUCCUAUAGGAUAGAAAGUUAUAUCAAUGAUAAGUUUCAAUGCAGAUAUGUAGGUAUGAAUUUUGGGCCAUUUCCAGAAGUGAAUUUUUAAAAUCCGAUCCGAUUCUAUAGGAUAGAAACUUAUAUCAAUGGUAAGCUCUAAUAGAGAUAUAUAAGUAUGCCAUUUUCGGCAUUUUCAGCACUUACUUUUCAAAAUCCGAUCGGAUCCUAUAGGAUAGAAACUUAUAUCAAUGCUAACCUUGAAUAGAAGUAUGUAGGUAUGCCUUUUUGGCCUUUUCCAGAAGUCAAUUUUCAGAAUCCGAUCGGAUCCUAUGGAACAGAAACUUAUAUCAAUGCUAACCUUGAAGAGAAGUAUGUAGGUAUGGCUUUUGGACCAUUUCCAGAAUUCACUUUUCAAAAUCCGGUCGGAUCCUACAGGAUAGAAACUAAUAUGAAUGGUAAGCUGAAAUACAGAUAUAUAGGUAUGCCUUUUUGGCUUUUCCAGAGGUCAAUUUUCAGAAUCCGGUCGGAUCCUAUAGGAUAGAAGCUUACGUUAAUGCUAAGCUUCAAUUGAAAUAUAUAGGUACGCUUUUUUGGCCAUUUCCAAAACUGAAUUUUCAAAAUUCGGUCGGAUCCUAUAAGAUACAUACUUAUAUGAAUGCUUAGCUUUAAUAGUUCUAUGUAGGUACGCCUUUUGACCACUUCCAGAUUUAAUUUUCAAAAUCCGAGCGGAUCCUAUAGGACACAAGCUUAUACGAAUGGUAAGCUCCAAUGGAAAUAUAUGGGUAUGCCUUUUUCAUCACUUCCAGGAUUCAAUUUUCAAAAUCCGAUCGGAUCCUAUAGGAUACAUACUUACAUCAAUGCUUAGCUUUAAUAGUUAUAUUAGGUAUGCCUUUUGACCACUUCCAGACUUAAUUUUCAAAAUCCUAUCGGAUCCUAUAGGAUAGAAGCUUAUAUCAAUGGUAAGCUCCAAUAGAGAUAUGUGGAUAUGCCUUUUUCAUCACUUCCAGGACUCAAUUUUCAAAAUCCGAUAGGAUCCUACAGGAUAGAAUACUUUUUCGGCCAUUUGCAGAACUCAGUUUUCAGAAUCCAAUCGGAUCCUGUAGGAUAGAUACUUACAUCGAUGCUUAGCUUUAAUAGUUAUAUGUAGGUAUGGCUUUUUGAUCACUUCGAGAACUUAAUUUUCAAAAUCUGAUCGGAUCCUAUAGGGUAGAAACUUAUAUUAAUGCUACGCUCUAAUGGAGAUACAUAAGUAUGCCUUUUUAGCCAUUUCCAGAACUCAAUUUUCAAAAUCCGAUAGGAUCCUAUAGGAUAGAAAGUUAUAUCAAUGGUAAAUUCCAAUGGUGAUAUAUAAGUUUGGAUUUUUCGGCAUUUCGAAAACUCAAUUUUCAAAAUCCGAUCGGAUCCUAUAGGAUAGAAACUUAUAUGAAUGCUAACCUUGAAGAGAAGUAUGUAGGUAUGGCUUUUGGGCCAUUUCAGAACUCAGUUCUCAGUGUCCGAUCGGAUCCUAUAGGAUAGAAACUUACAUUAAUGCUAAGCUUCAAUUGAAAUAUAUAGGUACGCCUUUUUGGGCAUUUUCAAAAUCCGAUGAGAUCCUAUAGGGUAGAAACCUAUAUCAAUGAUAAAGUCCAAUGGUGAUAUGGCAGUUUGGAUUUUUCGGCAUUUCGAAAACUCAAUUUUCAAAAUCCGAGUGGAUUCUAUAGGAUAGAAACUUAUAUGAAUGGCAAGCUGGAAUACAGAUAGAUAGGUAUGCCUUUUUAGCUAGUUCCAGAACUGAAUUUCCAAAAUCCGAUCGGAUCCUAUAGGAUAGAAGCUUACAUUAAUGCUAAGCUCCAAUUGAAAUAUAUAGGUACGCCUUUUUGUCCAGUUCCAGAACUGAAUUUUCAAAAUCCGGUCGGAUCCUAUAGGAUACAUACUUAUAUGAAUGCUUAGCUUUAAUAGUUAUAUGUAGGUAUGCCUUUUGACCGCUUUCGGAUUUAAUUUUCAAAAUCCGAUCGGAUACUAUAGGAUACAAGCUUAUAUGAAUGGUAAGCUCCAAUGGAAAUAUAUGGGUAUGCCUUUUUCAUCACUUCCAGGAUUCAAUUUUCAAAAUCCUAUCGGAUCCUAUAGGAUAGAAGCUUAUGUCAAUGGUAAGCUCCAAUAGAGAUAUGUGGAUAUGCCUUUUUCGUCACUUCCAGGACUCAAUUUUCAAAAUCCGAUAGGAUCCUAUAGGAUAGAAGCUUAUAUCAAUGGUAAGCUCCAAUAGAGAUAUGUGGAUAUGCCUUUUUCAUCACUUCCAGGACUCAAUUUUCAAAAUCCGAUAGGAUCCUAUAGGAUAGAUACUUGUAUGAAUGCUUAGCUUUAAUAGUUAUAUGUAGGUAUGGCUUUUUGAUCACUUCGAGAACUUAAUUUUCAAAAUCUGAUCGGAUCCUAUAGGGUAGAAACUUAUAUUAAUGCUAAGCUCCAAUUGAAAUAUAUAGGUACGCCUUUUUGGCCAUUUCCAGAUCUGAAUUUUCAAAGUCCGAUCGGAUCCUAUAGGGUAGAAACCUAUAUCAAAGAUAAAGUCCAAUGGUGAUAUGGAAGUUUGGAUUUUUCGGCAUUUCGAAAACUCAAUUUUCAAAAUCCGAUCGGAUUCUAUAGGAUAGAAGCUUAUAGCAGUGCUAAGCUCGAAUGGAGAUACGUAGAUGUACAUUUUUGCCAUUUCCAGAACUCAGUUUUCAAAAUCCCCAUCGGAUCCAAAUGGUAGAAACUUAUAUUAAUGAUAAGCUCCAAGCGAGAUAUGAAGGUAGGCAUAUUUGCUCAUUUCCAGAAGUGAAUUUUCAAAAUCCGAUGUGAUCCAAUAGGAUAGUAACUUAUAUCAGUGCUAAGCUCGAAUGGAGAUAUCUACGUAUACAUUUGUUGCCAUUUCGAGAAAUGAAAUAAUUUAACUGAAUUCAAUGUCAUAUUCAGACCUUUUUAAACAGUUUCGAAACUAAAAAUUUUCUGUUUUAUGAAUUUAUGAAUAUACUGAAAAGAUUCUACGUUUGAAACGAUUUUUGUCACAACGGAUAACGACAUGUUGUUUUAGUGUAUAUUUUGGUCAAUUGGGCAGAAACAUAGAAUCGAACUUACUACUUCUGUACUUCAGCACUUCUUUUAGUUCGUACUUCAUAGAAACCUGUGUGCUCAUGUUGAAAACAGACAGUUUGUUGUUAUCAGGUCAACAAGCUUUCUCGCGGGUAGCCGCAUUUUAUAAGUUCCUUGAUCAAGGCAUUAUAUACUAGAAAAAAUAACUAUUCUGCUGCACCUUAAUCCAAAACCUAUAUUAAACACACUACGUUUCAGUGGCUAUAAAUCAUGAAACUUUCCGGCUCACAUAAGGUAAAAUUUAGAUUCCAAACAUUAUCAUAAUAAAUAAAAUCGACCACAGAUUCAAAGAUUGAUGGAAUCCUAUAGAAAUCCGAUCGGUAUCUGACCGUCGGAAUAAAUGGGGAUUUCAACAAUCGGAAGUUAUCGGAAGCGUAUGAGUAUGCGAUUGUCGGAUCCGAUCGAAAUUCUGCAAGCCGGAUUCCGAUCGGAUUUUUGUCGGAUUUUUUGGACCUCGGUUGAAAGAUUGAUAUAAUCCUAUAGAAAUCCGAUCGGUAUCCGACCGUCGGAAUAAAUGGGGAUUUCGGCAAUCGGAAAUUAUCGGAAACGUAUGAGUAUCCGAUUGUCGGAUCCGAUCGGAAUUCUGUAACCCGGAUUCCGAUCGGAUUUUUGUCGGUUUUCGGGUCCGAUCGGAUCCGAUAGGAUCCGUCGUCGGAUUUUUGGACCUGGGGAUCUUCCUUCAUCGUCAUCGACUAUGGUCGUACAGAUUGCUUCUGAAAAUCGAGAACAACAUUCUACUCAAGGCACGUAUAAUAGCAUAAUAUAUACUUGGUCAGUUAAACAACCUAUGUUUUUCUGGCUAUUCCAAUUCUUUUAAUAAUGGAGAACAGAUGCAUUUCCUCUUUCUAUCUAACAGAAAUAUUGAUAACCACUAGUAGCUUUUAGUGUCUGUUAAAUUGACAGAGUUUAUAUUGAAUCUUCUCUUCUAUUAUAGAACGAUUUGCACCUUAUCGUCGUCGAGCACGUGAUUCAACUAAAAAGUCAAACAAAAGAUGUGCUAUAUUGGGAAAUAGUAAAAUGUCAAAUUCCAAGAAUUUCGAUGAUGACGAAGAAGAAGAAUGUCAAAAUAGUGAAAACGAACAGGAUCGUGAUGGUACUGAUGAAGGUGAAGGAGAAGAUGAAGAAGAAGAAGAAUUUGUUGAACAUGUGAUGAUUGAAGAACAAAUUGAAGCAGAAGAUGAGAUCGACGACAAUGAUACUGUUGGUGGUUAUAAUACUGAUCUCAACCGGAAACACAAAGAACAUCGACGAAAUGAUGAAUUAUCAAUUGGUGCUAAUAGUUCACGAAAAAUCGUGUUUCAACAAGCUACAAAUCAAGAGAAGACUUUUCGAUCAGAAUUUAAUCAAUUACGUACAGAUUUUUCCAAUGCUAUUUCGAAAUUGACCAAAGAUAUUGAAAAUCAUCAUGAUAAAUUGGAAAAACGUUUUACAGCGCUUUCCAAAAACGUUCAACAAACAACAAUGUAUUCUAAUUUGGAAAAGUUUCGAUGCGAUGGUGAAACAUUUCUUCCUGCAGUUACUUAUAAAGGCAAAAAUUUAUUGGACAUUUAUGAUGGUGGUGAUUGUGGUGCAUUUGCUCGACAGGUCAUGAAAAUUUUGUUUACUCCAGCUGAAAUGAGUGAAUCAAUUCUUUAUGCGAAUCCAACAUAUGCUAAACCUGGUCUUGAUCCAGUUCGUAUGCGUAAAUUCAAAGAAGCCGUACGUGCUCGAUUCAGAAUCAGUGAAUCACAUUGGCAUGAAUUUUUUACCUUGUGUUUACGUCGAACUUUAACACAAAUGCUUUGUGACGUACGUCGACAUUUCAACAGCAUUAGUGGCAGUUUAAUACCAAAUAUAGGCGAGUGCUCGAAGCUAGAAAACAUAUGGUUAAAAGCGAAUAAAUUACAAGGAUUUAUUCCUCAGUCGAUCUGCGAUUGUUCGAAUCUUCAAUGGUUAGAUCUACAUGAAAAUGAACUAACUGGUCCAAUACCAGAUUGUAUUGGUAAACUUCAAAAUCUGACCAUUUUACGUAUUGAUAAUAACAAAUUAUCGGGAACAAUUCCAGAUAGCUUUUAUUCUAUGACAAAGCUACAAGAGUUUUAUGCUUAUAAAAACGAACUGACUGGUGCUGUUAGUCCUGCCAUACACCAAAUGCCAGUCUUUCGUGCUUGUUGA